AUGACAUCACAACCUAUCACCGCACCUCUUGAUCAACUUCCCGAUGAAUUGUUACUUUGUAUUGUUACCUUCUCCACCAACAAUCCUAUUGACAUCAUUAAAUUCUCCCACAUUAACAAACGAAUGGAGAGAGUAUUAAAUUCAUAUCCGAACAUCUUCCCCCAAUUAAUUACCUAUGAUCCUUUGGAUCCACUUGACAGAAGUACCUCAAAGCUGAUGAAUGGAUAUUUAUUUGGUAAAUUUUGGGAAAAUCCACUGAAAAAUGGUUUUGCAGUUUUGAAGGAGUUUACUAAGAGAGUGUUUGGACCCAGAUCUAAAACAUUAAGUAAAAAGAGUACAACUGGGAUUAGGCAACCAGAAAAGUAUCUGGGAGUGAUAUCUGAAAUGAAACAGCAGGUAGAUUCAGAGCAGAAGCUUGUUGAUUGUUUGAAAUGGUCAAGAAGAGACCCCAUUGGUAUAAUUAAGGCCAUUGAAUCUCGGGGACGAGCUGUUGAAAGAGCUAACACCUCAAGAAUAACACAUUUAUCGUGUAUAUUAUUCAGUGUAAUUGUACAGUUUACAAUUGGAAAGUUAGCAAGUGUUCCCUCAAAUGAAAGAUCACUUGAAAUGGGUUUAUGGUGGCUCCCAUAUAUAUUUUGGCCAUUAGAAAUUAUACCUAUUGUAACAAGUUUGGCGUGUAUUGGAGCAUCAUGUACCAGUGUUGUUCGUGCUUUAAGAAUGUUAAUUAUCAAUCCUCAAAAACAGUGGAAUGCUAACUUAUAUGAUGGUAUUGUUGUACUUCCAUUAUUUUAUAUUGCAACCAUCACUGUAUUGAGACUUUCAAUCAUAUCGAUAAGGACUCUGGUUUAUGGAUCAAUUGGCUUGGAGCUAUCCUAUUUUGAAUCAGUGGUGAGUAUAGCACUUACUAACAGAUACUCGCAAUAUUUUGGCCUUUCAAUGCUGGGAUUGGCCUCUUUUCACAAUCUAUCUAGUUUGACAGGUACCUAUAAACUGUCUGAUCCUAUCACUGCUUCAUUCCUUAGUCUUUCUCUAUUCAAAUAUAGUGGGAGUUUACUGAGCUUUAUUCCACUUUCUCUAAUUUCAUGUAUCAUAUCUGUUAAGGAGGUUAUUUCCAAUAUCAAAUCAUCAGACAAGUUGGUAUACUCGAUACCUAUGGGAUUGGGAUUGAGCCUGGGCCUACUAAGUUUCGGCCAUUUCUCUUACUUGACAUUUGCUCCAGCAACCUCUAUAUUUAUGACCCUGUUUAUUUCAACAUUGAAAAGAGAGAAAAAGGAAGCAAUUUUGCUAAAGUGUUAUUAA